AUGGCUUCUGCAGGCUACCUGCAGAUCAGCCUGAUCUGGGUCGCCUACGCGAUCGCAGUCGUCCUCGCUCUCAUCGCAGCCGUAAUUACGACUCUUACCUGGCAGGCCCCUCGCGAACGAUCCGUUAUUGUCACCAUCGUCGCCAUCAUCAGCAUCACCUCCCUACUUGCGACCGUCCUGCUGCUGCCAGUCGAUAUUGCCCUGGUCUCCGCAACGACCUCGUCCUCACUCGGUGCGAAGAAGGACUGGGCCACCCCUGCGCGGGUCGAGAACAUCCUAUUCACUCUCAGGGUCGUCUACUACUCGCUGUACAGCUUUGAUGCCCUACUAUGUCUUCUGGUUAUCCCUUUCUCAUACUUUUGGUACGAGGAAUACGACGAGGUCGAGGAGGAGGAGGGAACAAGAGGCGUUGGAGCUAAGCUCUGGGGCGCCUUUAAGUACACGCUGGGAUUCAUCGUGCUCGUGGUUAUCCUUUUCCUCAUCGGCUUCUUUGUCCCGGCCGCCGGCAGGAAGGAAGGCCGUCAUCUGGACCUCGACUACUUCAAGAACCUAUUGUCAGAGAACAAUGGUGAGAAGGCAUUGACAUUUGGCCUUGGAUUGUUGAUAACACUCGGUACACUGAUAUACGUCUUGUACACUGGUGCCGGCCUGGCGCUUCUUCCAGUGUCUCUCAUCAAAUCUGCCCCCUCGAUCUCGGCUCCACAGCUGUCGGAGACAACAGAAUCACAGCUGGAGAGCAACAGGGAGCGACAGAGACAGCUGGAGUUGCGCAACACUGGCCGUCCAGAUGGUCUGCCCCCGAAGGACCAGCGCGAGAUGGAUAUCUUGAUCCGGGAAGAGCAAACUUUGGUGCGCCGUCAAAGACUUGCUUCUGAGGCGCGUGGCGAAGGGCAGAGCUGGAUCUACCGGGCUUGGCUCAAGACAGAGGCUGUCUUCCGUCCCCUCAAGCUCGUCGGUGGCAUUCUGCUCUUGCUUCUCGCUGUAUUGGUCUGGGUCUCCAUGCUCAUCACUGGUAUUGACAAGGCUGCAAACUCUAUUUGCAAAGCGCGAUGUGGCUACAUUCUGGGCCACAUAAACGUCUUCCAACCCAUCAACUGGCUCUUUGUUAAGACGGCCAACGCAUUCCCUGUCGAUUACAUCCUGAUGGCCCUCCUCAUCUUGUUCUUCUUCAGCAGCUCAAUCAGUGGCAUCGCGGCAAUUGGCAUCCGCUUCCUCUGGAUCCGCAUCUUCCAAAUCAAGAGGGGUCGAACCACGCCCCAAGCCCUGCUGAUCGCUACCGUUAUGUUGGCGCUCAUCAUCCUCGCCAUUAAUUACUCCAUAUUCGCCAUGGUCGCACCCGAGUAUUCCACAUUUGGCACCCAGUUGUACUGCGACAACCCACCUCGCCACCCUGGUGAGCAGCCCGAUUGCAGUGACCACAAGGAGCUCAUCAAGCCUUGCUCAGAGCUCGACGACAGUCAGGCCUCUAAAGCAGUGUGCACGCCCUCGGUUAUGUCGACAUUCCUCAACCGUGUGACGCUCAACUGGCCUGUCUUUGGCGCCGUGGACUACUGGGCCCAAUUUGCGUUCCUGGGUAUCUUCCUCAUUGUCUUCAUCACGUCUCUCUUCCGAGCGCCCAAGCUGGAUCUGGCGGAGAUUGACGACGAGGCCGAGGCUGAUGAGGAGGAAGGUCUGCUGGCAAGCACAGGCCGCCGCUUUGGCGCCACCUGGCAAGAUAUCACAGGCCGUUCCAGGGGUCAGGACUCCGGUGACAAUAGGAAUGGGGCGGGCGCUGGCUACGGAACCAACUAG